AUGAACGCCCCGGAUCGGGAUGAGCUGGGCAGUGUGGUGAAGGGCGAACAUGAUGGCUUCAUUUUCGAGGCUCGUUUUGAGGGCCCUCCUCGAACUACCUCUCCUCCACCAACCGGCAACCUGACCGUCGCACCUUCCUCGGAGCCCUUCGUCAUGUCUCCUCCCUCUCUUCUCAACAAGAGCUCGAUCCCUCCUCUUCUGUCAGACGAUCUCCCCCCUGGGCUUUCAGACGAUCUCCCCCCUGGGCUUUCAGACGAGCACCUUGAUUUACCUGCACCUCCAACGAUGUCGAACAUCAACCCCUUUACUUUCGUCUCUGUCACUGAUGCCAUGGCGAAGGAUCGUGCUGGCCGCCGUGACCGUCCUGUUCUGCGCCACGCAGGGCCUUCUCAGGUGGACGAUCGCCAGGACCCAUAUGAGGCCAUUCUGCUGGGCCCUGGUGAGAACAAGAUUGAUGUCGAGAUUGACACUCGGCUUCCCUCUGCCGCCAUCUUCACUUUCCACAAGGAGGAUCACACUCUCGGCAACAUGCUCCGUACUCGUCUCCUGAAAACCGAGCACGUCAUCUUUGCCGCCUACAAGAUCCCUCACCCCUUGACCCCCAACUUCCUGUUGCGCGUCCAGACCGAUGGUGAGAUCACACCCCGCGCGGCCGUUAUCAACGCCUCCAAGGCUCUGAUCGGUGAUUUGGGAAUCCUGUCUCGUGAAUUUACCAAAGAAUUCGAGCUACGCAAAAUGGCCAAUGCUGCCAACCAGCAGCAGAACCCCGAAUAA